AUGUAUCUGGAUGGUCUCUCACAUGCUGUGGUGUGCCACAUUUGGCGCGAGAAAGGGCGGGUUUUCCGCGAAAUCAGGUCUUUGCAAAGCCUGAUUGCUUUUGCCCGGUCGUGUCAGCUUGUAGUAGACAAGUUGCCAGGGCAGACGAGACAUGCCAUGCUUGACUGGACUUGGCCAGUUUGGGAGAUGCUUCUCAAGGUUUUUGCGUUUUUUUCGGCCAGGUUGUCCUCAGCACCGUCGUCAUGUGGCCACGGUGGCAACCUGCUUGUCUGUGAAUCCGUGCGCCGAUGGUUCGAGACCCGGACGAGAAUAUGUAUCUAUAAUAAUGUCUCAGUCGAGAUCGGCAACACAGCUUCUCUCUCCUUCGCCGCCUUCCAGACAAUCCGUCGCCAAAGCGUCCAGCAACGCGUUGAAUGCGUCUACCCACCCAGCCAGGCAGUGGGCGAUGAGACUGACCUGAGUUUUGCACGAAAGUGCAGCUGGCUGGCACUUUGA